UGUUGAACUAUGGAAGAAAUAAAGUGUAUUCGAACCACUGAAACGUGACAAUGUAAACACAUUCCGGACACUCACCACUAAGCCAGAUAAGAAACUACAGCACUUCGCUGUAAACAAGUUCAGAAAGGAAACCUCUACCAAUAAUUUGAAGAAAAAGAUGGCGAAGGUUUAUUACGUCUUCGAGCUGGUCGGUAGAGACGCCUAUCUGAUUCCAGGUGUCCUUAUCGUCUGUGUGUCCGUCAUCGUCAACCUGGCCACCAUCAUCCUCACUCUUCUGUCUCCACGCUUGAGGAAAACGCCAAAACAUUUAAUCAUCAUCAACAUAUCGGUUGUUGCACUUCUUCAUGCUGCUUUCCCUGAAGCGCUACUCAUAGAACUGUACGCGAGAUACCAGUGGAUUCACGGGUGUGAUGUGUUCUUUGCUUUGGAGGUCGUGGCUUAUGUUCUGGGAGCCAUCUACGUCUUACUAAUGGCGUCACUGUGUGUGGAGUGGAUUAUUUCUGUCGCUGGAAUAACGUGCUCUCCCUCUGUGAAAUAUAUCAUAACCGCUGUCAUGGUUGGGUGCUGCUGGGUGGUCAACUGCGUGGUUCUAAUCCCAGUUGCAACAGAAGGGCGUUUAUUGGAAUACUGUGCAUUUAUCCUGGACGAAGAUUCCCAAAUAGCUAUGAAUGUCAUGAGUUAUUUUCCGCAAGCCUUUUCCACCGGCAUGUUGGUCGUCGCGCUUGUUGUAAUAAGCUGCUUGAAGAGACGGUAUCGAAGAAGCGAUCAUUGUAAUACGGUUCGAUCAUUUCCAGUAGAUGUUGUCAUCGCCAGUUUUAUUACCGUUGUGCUGAAGUUUCCGCUCAUCGCGCACUUGUUAGUAAAAUGUCAGGACGAUUGUAACAGAGAUGCAUAUUACCGAGCUCACGCGGCCACACUGGCGUUGAAUUUAGUGCCACACGCUUUGGUCCCAUUCAUCUGGCUGCUGUGUAGAGAGACAAGGGAGGCAAUCCUUGCCAUUUUCAGAAAGUCACACGACACUUAUGCCCCGGAAGAAAACCAGUAUCCCAUGGAUGGUAUGCAGAAGAAAUAAUUAAGAUAUCACAUGCCUUAGUCUGGCAGUGGCAGAUUACCUGGAUUUAAGACUUGUAGGCACUGAGUUCGAAUCCUACUACUUCGUAUUAAUAUACAGUUUCUUUUGAAAUUCUGUUAUGUUUUGUGGAAAUGAGUAUCAAAUAAAAAU